UAAUUCCAUGUUGGUUCCGGUUCUGGAUACUAGUGAGUAGUGACUACAUUAUUUUGCAGAUGAACAAAUCCAAAGAGUGUGCAGCGAUUUAACAUAAUACACUUUUGUCAGGCGSUCACCUGGUGCACACGCUACCAUUCAGUCUUCAAGCUCAGGCAACGCGCAACAUCAUCCGUGUACACACAAUAUAUAAGGCAMGUUGAUAAAUAGGUGAUAGGAUAACCAGCCACGACAUGACGGAAACACUGAAGGAAAUGCUUCUUCGGACGAUGUUGUUGUUAGUGAUCACUUUGGACGUAUGUUGGGGAUCGGAUCCACCAAAAUCGUACGGACCAUCUCCGCCGAAUGAUAACUACCAAAAUAAUUACGAACCCGAGUUCCAAAGGCCGUUAGCUGUAUUCACAGAGAGACCCGUGAAUGUAGCUAACUUUGUACUGAUUCCAAUUGUGCAAGUCCCGUCCUCAGAUCUAAGGAUGAUUUAUCGGCCACAGAUCGAUAGCGUUUCAAAAACUGAACCAAUAAUAAUGUGCAAAUCAUUAACAAAAUCAUUUGAAGCUACGCCAGCGGUGCAGGUGCAAUUGCAGCAACCAUUCUAUCUGUAUGACGAACGAACGCUUAUACCGUUCCCAAAGUCAGUUACCAUCUUGCAUGGUGGUUAUCGCAUGUCAAUCCCGGUCGGCAUGGUCGUUGCACCGGUUCCAGUGGAUCUCCUCCGAGCAGGUCCAGUGUUUGUCACCACCCUAUACGCUAUACCCGCGGGUCCCGUACCAGCGCCAUCACCAGUAAGGUUCGUUCCGUGGUCGUCUUAUCCUCCAAAUCCAAYGGCGAUUCAGCCGUACUCAGCUCAACCACCGUCUCAGUACUCGGUACCACCGCCGUCCCAGUAUCCGGCUUCGUCGUCUCAGUAUUCGGCAGCACAAUCACCGCACUAUCAGUACUCACAACCGGCACCACCGUCGCCAACUUAUUACCAACACUCGGGAGACACUGGUGGCGGUUACGUUGAAGAGUCCAACGAACCACCUGGCAAACUCUACUCGCAGUUGGCGGCGGCUUCGUUCCAAAACUCCAAAGAAUCACCACUGCUGCAUCAACUCAGAGAAGAGUCGGAAAAGAACCGCCACAAGUACGUGCCACCUUCGUAUAACAAUAAUUAUCAAACGGUGGACGCUGCAUAGACAUUAGACGGGUCAUCGCCACUAGAAAGCAGAGACGCAGUGGAUGGGUGCACGCUUUCCACGAGACAUUCGUACUAUUUUUUUGUUUUAUGAUUAAUGUUAUUAUUAAUCGACAAAACCUAUUUUUCUAUUCCGUAUAUUUUAUUUUAUAGGCUAAACUUUUAUAACGAAAGACUAUUAUUCUUAUAAUAUUAUUUAUAUAAUGUUUAUUAUUAAAAAUAGAAAAAAAAA